CCCUCCUCCCGGACACCGCUGUAAAAAAAAAAAACUCUGCCCCUCUGCAGAUCCUUCUGUUAUAUUAUCAUAAUAUCAUACCGAUAGCUACUCCCCCCUCCCUGGUUCCAGAGAAACACCGAAAAUUCAACAAUGACCCCCACACGAUUAAUCACUCGCGCAAUUCGUCGCCCUCGCUCAAUAAUACCCCCGCUCCGGCGACCAGUACUACUUCGUUUGGGCGGGCAGAGGUCCAACACUACAGAUUCCCGUGAGCGGCCUACCGCGACCGCCACACCCACCGACAGUCGCAAGAAAGAACGUGACAACCGGUUCGCGAAACUCACCCCCGAAGAUGUCGCCCACUUCCGUUCAAUCUGCUCAGUUCUCUCUGCCGAAUCGGACGAAAUUGAGGCCUUCAAUACGGACUGGAUGCGCAAGUACCGGGGCCAAGCGAGAUUAGUCCUGAAACCAAAGUCUACCGCCGAUGUUUCUGAAAUCCUCAAGUACUGCAAUUCCCGCUCGCUCGCUGUAGUUCCACAAGGCGGUAACACGGGAUUGGUGGGAGGAUCGGUACCGGUUUACGACGAGAUCGUUAUCUCCAUGAACGCUAUAAACAGUAUCCGCUCUUUCGACCCGGUUUCGGGGAUCUUAAUUUGCGAUGCUGGUGUUGUUUUGGAAACGGCGGAUAAUUACCUUGCUGAUCAGGGACAUAUCUUCCCGUUAGAUCUUGGCGCUAAGGGGUCUUGUCAUAUCGGGGGGAAUGUUGCCACCAACGCUGGUGGUUUGAGAUUGUUGAGAUACGGAAGUUUGCACGGAACAGUCCUUGGCGUUGAAGCGGUCUUGCCGGAUGGAACAAUUCUAGAUGAUCUAUCUACCCUCAGAAAGAACAACACCGGAUACGACCUCAAGCAGCUAUUCAUUGGUUCAGAAGGUACCAUCGGGAUUAUUACCGCAGUGUCGAUAAUAUGCCCCUCGAGACCCAGCGCACAGAAUGUGGCCUUCUUCGCUGUAAAUACCUUCGAAAAAGUGCAGGAAGCCUUUAUCCGGGCCAAGAGAGAGUUGGGAGAAAUUCUCUCAGCUUUCGAACUUAUGGAUGACACAAGUCAACGAUGCGUCGCACAAGUCACAGGAAAAAAGAGACCGCUAGAGGGCGAGGAAACUAAGUUCUACGUCCUUGUAGAAACCAGCGGGAGCAACAAAGAACACGACGAUGAGAAGCUCGAAAAAUAUCUGAUGGCCUCAAUGGAGGACGAAACCAUCGCCGAUGGGGUCCUAGCCCAAGAUGAGACACAGGCACGCAACCUGUGGUCGUGGAGAGAAGGUAUCCCGGAGGUCUGUGGUCACUGGGGUGGAGUAUACAAGUACGACGUCUCAAUCCCGCUAAAAGAGCUCUACUCGCUUGUGGAGGAUGUCAAGGCAAGACUCAUUGAGCACGGGCUGCUAGGGGAAGACAAGCCUGUGGUCGACGUUCUCGGAUUCGGCCACAUAGGAGACGGCAACCUCCACUUGAACGUACCUGUGAGAUCGUACGACAGGUGCGUCGAGGAAGCACUUGAGCCAUUUAUCUACGAGUGGAUAGAGAAGAGGAGCGGUAGUAUCAGUGCUGAGCAUGGGCUUGGUGUCGCUAAGAGGGAGUAUGUACAGUAUUCCAGAGGAGAGACCGCGCUGGGUGUCAUGAGGAGCUUGAAGAAUCAUUUCGACCCGGUACGACCUGCCUCCCCCAUCCCCACCCAACACCAUAUUGCUCACGCUUUAGCAGAAAGGAAUCAUGAACCCAUACAAAUACAUCAAAACAUAAAUCCAGAAUUCUAAUCUUCUUUCUAACCUUUCCUCUUUUCCCAUGAGGCGUGCGCGUCCUAUUUGAGCUAGUAUACCAGAGAGUUCUGUUGAAACAUACUUCUCGCACUACUGUAGUGUCACUCCUACUACUGAUAUUUUCUCCUUACAUUAAA